AUGAAGGGAUCACGAACGUUGACCCACUACCAAUCGCGUUGCUGUCUGAUUGCUGUUUCCCUCGUGGCCGUGUUGGCGGCCUCGAUCGUUUCAUAUCCAGCACAAGCCGAGGAGUCGGGCAUGAAGGGUAAGCUCCGUGUUUACAUUGGCAGCUACACCCGAGGGCAAAGCGAAGGCAUCUAUGUCAGCGAACUCGACCUUGAGUCGGGGCAACUCUCCGCACCCCGCCUGGCCGCCGAAGCGGUCAACCCUUCGUUCGUGGCCAUCCAUCCCGAUGGUGCCCAUCUGUAUGCGGUCGGUGAGAUCGACGACUUCGAAGGGAAGAAGACCGGCGGUGUAAGCGCGUUUGAAAUCGUUGACGACGGAACACUCAAACUCAUCAAUCAGCAAUCGUCCGGCGGUGGCGGUCCAUGUCACCUCAUCGUUGACAACUCGGGCCAAUGCGUGUUGGUGGCCAACUACGGUGGGGGCAGUGUGGCCUGCCUACCGAUCACGAAAGACGGCAGCUUGAAAGAGGCCUCCACUUUCAUUCAGCAUGAAGGUUCCAGCGUGAACCCCCAGCGGCAAGCCGGCCCGCAUGCUCACUCGAUUAAUGUCGACGCCGCCAAUCGUAUCGCGGUGGCCGCCGACUUGGGGCUCGACAAGGUGAUGAUCUACCGCCUCGACCCCGAGGCCGGCAAGCUGGUGCCCAACGAUCCGCCUUCGGUUUCCGUUCCGCCCGGCGGCGGGCCGCGCCACUUCGUGUUUCACCCCAAUGGCAAGUUCGCCUACACCAACAACGAGAUGACCUCCACCGUUACGGCGAUGGAGUACGACGCCGACAAUGGGGAACUCUCCCCGAUCCAAACCACCUCGACCCUGCCGGCCAGCUACAAGGAAGAAGGCAACAGCACGGCCGAGGUCCGCGUGCACCCCAACGGGCGUUUCCUUUACGUUUCAAACCGGGGCCACAACAGCAUCGCCAUCUUCGCCAUCGACCCCUCCACGGGCAAACUCUCCCCCGUGGGACAUGAGUCGACGCGGGGCGCAAUCCCUCGCAACUUCAAUCUCGAUCCCAGCGGGCGUUACCUUUUGGCCGCCAAUCAGAACACCGAUAACGUGGUCGUGUUCCGCGUCGACGCCAACACCGGCAAGCUCGAAGCGACCGGCUCCGAGAUCGAAGUCGGCAACCCGGUCUGCAUUCGCUUCCUGGAGAUCGACGAGUAA